AGGAGCCGGAGGCGGCCGCCGAGGCUGCGGCGGCGGGGCCGGGACGCGGAGCCCCCGAGCUCCGGGCGCAGGCGGCGCGCUCUCCCCGGGCUCCCCCCGCCCGGCCUCCUCCCUCCCCCCCGCCCCGGCGUUCCCAGCAGCCGAGGGUUUCAGAUGUCCCACCGCCUUUUGACCCCCUCCCCCCGCUCCUCCACCCCUGCAAAUGAGGUUUGACCAGCAGAGGCAGAGCCCACCUCUGGCUCGGAACCACCACUGACAUUUAGACUCUGAGCUUCAACCUGUUUACAAGCGGACUUUCCAAAGGAAGGGGGGUGGGGGAGAGGGCCCAAACAAAAACACCAGCCGCCACCCCCCUCCCCCCCAAAAGGAGCGACUUUCUGGAGGCUUCACAUCAGCAGGCACCACCAAAAAGAGCAAGGAAGACGGGGAAGAAAACAACGAAACAACGGCGACCGGGCAGCUGCCUGCAGAGCUGACAUCCCCAAAGGGACACGUUUUCUGCAGCGGCCAGCAGGCUGAGGCUCUGCGGAGGGGGACCAGGAGACCUUUUUUGCAUCUAACAUGGUGAAGAAGGGAGUGAAGAAGAGAACAAAGUGACUCCUGGGGGAGCGAAGAGCGCCGGUGACCCACAGCGCCGGCUCCCGCUGCUGCGGCCACCCACGUCCACUGUGCCCGGGCAGACCCCGCGAGGCGCAGGCAGCGGAUCCGCGGACGGAGCGAGCCCAGGCUGCCGGCCCUCCGGAGGAGUUAUGGAUGUUGGUGCAUUCACUUCUGGCCAGAUCCGCGCCCGGAGGGAGCUAACCAGCAGCCGCCACCUCCAGCUGUCUCCUUGCCUUGCACCAGGUCUCACCCUUCCAGUAUGUUCCUUCUGAUGAGACAAUUUCCAGUGCCGAGAGUUUCAGUACAAUGUGGAAAUGGAUACUGACACAUUGUGCCUCAGCCUUUCCCCACCUGCCCGGCGGCUGCUGCUGGUGCUUCUUGUUGCUGUUCUUGGUGUCUUCCGUCCCUGUCACCUGCCAAGCCCUUGGUCAAGACAUGGUGUCACCAGAGGCCACCAACUCUUCCUCCUCCUCCUCCUCCUCUUCCUCCUCCUCCUCUUCCUCCUCCUCCUUCUCUUCUCCUUCCAGUGCCGGGAGGCAUGUGCGGAGCUACAAUCACCUCCAAGGAGAUGUGCGCUGGAGAAAGCUAUUCUCUUUCACCAAGUACUUUCUCAAGAUUGAGAAGAACGGGAAGGUCAGCGGGACCAAGAAAGAGAACUGCCCGUACAGUAUCCUGGAGAUAACAUCAGUGGAGAUUGGAGUUGUUGCUGUCAAAGCCAUUAACAGCAACUAUUACUUAGCCAUGAACAAGAAGGGGAAACUCUAUGGCUCAAAAGAAUUUAACAAUGACUGUAAGCUGAAGGAAAGAAUAGAGGAAAAUGGAUACAAUACCUAUGCAUCCUUUAACUGGCAGCACAAUGGAAGGCAAAUGUAUGUGGCAUUGAACGGAAAAGGAGCUCCAAGGAGAGGACAGAAAACACGAAGGAAAAACACCUCAGCUCAUUUUCUUCCCAUGGUGGUCCACUCAUAGAGGAAGGCAAUGUUCAUGGAUGUGGUGGCACCAAAGGCUAUUUUGCCAAGGAUAGUUGGAAUUCUUCAUGAAGACAGUAGCUCGAAAGGCAAAGACACAUGGCAGAGUCUGCUUGCUUAGACGAAAUGAGGCCUUUCAAGGUUUUUGUACUCACUGCUGACAUAUGAUGUUGUUUAAAUUAGUUCUGUGUCAUGCCUUAUAAUCAAGAUAUAGGCAGAUCAAAUGGGAUGGAAGUUAUCCCAAGUGAACAAUAUUGUGGCUGGGUUUUUUGGUUGUUGUUAAGUUUUUGUUUUUAUUUUUGAACCUCUGAGACAUGGAACAAUCUGUUGAAUGAUCUUUGGGAGUUAUUUAUGGAAUAUGAACUCAUAUCAAAGACUAUCCAUGCUCAUUCAAGCCUAAUGAUUCAAUGAGCAGUAAGACAUGCAAGCAUUUACUGGAAAGCACUUGGGUCAUAUCAUAUGCACAACCAAAGGAGCUUUGGGUGUGGCACCGUGGAAGCAUCGGAUAGGAUGAAAAAGUAUAAACAUGUUAGUUGAAAUUGUUCUAACACUACAAAUAGUAUGGUAUGCUUGUGCAUUCUGCCUUCUACCCUUUCUAUUUCUUUCUAAGUUAUUUAUUUAAUAGGAUGUUAAAUAUCUGUUGGGGUUUUUAAAAAUAUCCUCAGAAGCUGCCCUCUGGUUUCCCUUUUCUUUGUCUUGAGCACAUCACAUGCAUGUUCAUAACAAAGUGUUUUUAAAACCUGGCAAAUACUUCAAAAACAGAUGAAAUUAGGAAAGCAGUAUGAGCGCCCCAUGUGCUAUCAGGUGACUUGAUUUGCACUUCUGCAACGAGAACUGUCAACCAUAAAGAUGGCAAAGCUGUGCCAUGGCUUUUACUGAGAGAUGUCUACCAUUGUUUAAAAGCACACAUUACUCCAGAGGCUUCCUUUUCCAUGAAAUAGAGCAGAAGGCCAAAUCCUUCUCAUCAAUCUAAUUAAUUAAUCUCAUUAAUCUCCAAGAAGCUACUAAAAGAAGAAAAUUAAUUGUUAAGUGCAUUUUAGUAGCCUAGCCUCGUUGUUUACUAAUGAUUUCCUGCCAUAUGUCAGAGUGGUAAAUGAUGACGAGGCUUUCUGCACAUGGAAGAAACCUUCAUAUGCCACAUAAUGCAUCUCCCCCAAGGAACCAUCAAGAAAUUUGGUUUGAAGUGCAACUGUCCCAGGGGCUGAAACUGAGCAAAUAUAUCCUGGCAUAUGUUUAAUCAUUUAUUGAAACCUGUUCAAGCUGUAUGAUCUAGUCUUUACAUUACCAAAUAAAACUUAUUUUCUGUAAAUUUAAAGAGCUUUAGAAGGUUCCAUAACGUAACCGUAUUGAAAUUCAUUUUGUUAGAGCAGGUAUAGAAAACAAUGCAUAAGAGUUUAUCGGUCAUCAUCACAUUGUAUUCCACUAAAUAAAUACAUAAGCCUUAUUUGCAGUGUCUGUAGUGAUUUUAAAAAAUGUAGAAAAAUAUUAUUUGUUCUAAAUACUUUAAGUGAUGACUAUAAGAUUAUAUUGAUGCUGCAGUUUUAUCUUUAUAUUUCUUGUUUUGAAAAGUUUGCUUAUUUUUUAUUGUCUGGACCCAGUAUUUUGGUAGAAGGAAAAAAAACUCACUGAAUGUGUCUUUUUACUAAAAUAUAAGUUCUAGAAAGGUUGGUGUUUUGUGAUUCUAACUUAUUUGUGUCAAUGCUUAACCAGCACUACCAGUAAACCUGUUAUUUAAAACUUUGUUUUAUUAAGACAUUUUCUCAUUAAAAACUCAUUCCUUCAAAAAGUGGGUACUUCAAAAGAAAUGCAUUUGAGGUACAGUAUUUUGGCUUAUGGUUACAGUUGUAUUUCAUGGUAAUUUGUUUCCAACUUGCUUUUUGACAAAUGGGAUUCUAAAACUGCUUAAUUAUUGUGGUUGGAAUACUAUAUGCUAAAAUUUAGUUGGUAACUAAAUCUGGGAAUUAUAAUGUAAUGCAUUCCUAUCGGAACCAGAUAACGUAUUUCUUUUACUUUGAAAUAAAAAUGACACCUGACACAUGAACAUGGACCACCCAUAAUCAAAAUUAAAUGUUUUGUUUAACAAAUAUAGUAUUAGAUGACCACAUUAACAGUAAAUAGGGCACAGACUGGAUUCUGAUUUCACAGAACCAUUUAGAUUACCAAAGAGACCAUGUGUUAACAGUCUUCAUUGUAGGACUCAAGACACUAAAACAUAUAACAGACGUCUCAAA